AUGGAUCGUCAUCGACCGCCCAACCUCUCUCUAUUCGAGCUUGAAAGCAAGCGGACUAUAGAGAUUUCUCUUUGUCCUGAGCGUCUCACCGCCGGUUCACGUACUCUCUUUUUUGAGCACUCGGCCUAUGCUGCACUCACAAUAACAGCCUAUGCAUCGCUGGUUUCGGUAUUGCCACGCAGAAAGAAACAACCACCUGAUCCGUUUCCAACGAUGUAUACUUCAGAUACUUGUGAUGUUGCUACUGAAAUGGAAUCUCUAAAAAGUCGCCUCGACACUGCUGUCAACCCUUGGAAUGAAGUGGAAAAUAUGGCUAUAUUUGCUCUGGUAUCAAAAAGCAAGUAUCUUGAAAAGCUACCUCGAUAUCCAAUCUUCUGUCGUGGACUGGAUACUAGCCCGGAUAACUGGUGUCUUAUUGUCGAGGAACGCCUUCCGACAAAUCGUCCCAGCACUUCUGGUGGGAGUGAAAUAUUAACCGAGAAGCUUAUAGCGGACCCCGAUUCAAGUCUGCAAUCUGAACUCAACCGCCCAGAGUCAUCAUCCAUUUCUGGGAAUGACUUAAGCUCCGCUGUGGAUUUUGUAAUGGAGCGUGAACGAUUGAAAGCCACAUUAUUGGAGCAGAAGCUUUUUGAUGGAUAUUUGUACAGAAAUAUAUUCCGUGUUGUGGCUGAUAAUGUUCCUGGAUUUUGUUACUUACUCAGUGCUUCUAAUCAUUCUAAAACGUGGUCAAAUUUCGACGACAUGGCAGAUAACUUGCUCUCAGAAGUGCAUUCAUAUGCAUCACGAUAUAGCGAACUGCCUGCACGUAUCAGCUUUGUUGCCCAUUCACUUGGAGGAGUUAUCGUGAGAACAGCGGUGACUCGGAAAGAUGCAUCAGACUGGCUCGUUCCCCGGUUGCACUGCCUUUUAACAAUCAAUACUCCACAUCUUGGUCUGGCUUAUGUUGGAAGAGGAAUCAACCUGGGAAUACAACUUAUGCAAUGGUGGAAACAGUCUCGGUCUAUGGAGCAGUUGGCACUAAAGGACGAGGUUUCCUUUUCUGACUCGUUCCUCUACCGACUGUCGAAGAAAAGGACAUUCGGCCUCUUUCGAUACGUUCUGCUCAUUGGAACUCCAGGUAAACUCAUAUUAAUGUGUUGA